GGUUUUGAGACGAUCACGGAUGGAGACCAGGAAGGGCGGCGCCACAGCAUCUACAUCAGGUCAAGUUGCAGUUGAGAGGUUCGCAGCUGUUCCAUCAUCUCGCACACACUUGUCCUUUACGAUCGUCGUUCACCACGAGCGCGCACACACUCCGGCAGCGAACAUCACGCUCAAAGGAGCACUCUAAUACGACUGUACAACGAGAUAUUCGGCAUUGAGACGAGAACACAAAUUCAGCAUGUCUGCUGCAGAAGUUUCUAACGACCCUUUGGCCGCCAAGGGCGAGACCGCCCCUGAGGAGGGGGAUGGCAACGACCCUCACUUUGAGCCUGUUCACAAGCUGGACACGCAGGUAGAGGUCAAGACGCACGAAGAGGAUGAGGAGGUCACUUUCAAGCUUCGUGCCAAACUUUUCCGCUUUGACAAGGACGCGGCUGAGUGGAAGGAGCGUGGUACUGGAGAUGUGAGGUUCUUGGCCCACAAGACGACUGGCAAAGUCCGCCUGGUUAUGCGUCGCGAUAAGACUCUCAAAGUUUGCGCGAACCACUACAUCACAUCGGACAUGAAACUCGCUCCGAACCUCGGAUCUGACCGAGCAUGGGUGUACAACGUUGCAGCCGACAUCGCGGAGGGAGAAGUGACUAGCGAGCUGCUCGCCAUCCGAUUCGCGAACAGCGAGAAUGCCAACAACUUCAAGAAAUCUUUCGAGGAAGCUCAAGAGAAGAAUUCGAGCGCCAAGGGAGGUGCGAUCAAGGAGCAGGACGCCCCUCCUGCUACUGGUGGCACUACUGAGACGACUGAGACAGAGAAGAAGGAAGAGGAAAAGAAGGAGACUGCAGAGUCAACGGAGACCAAGACUGAGGAGAAGAAGGAGUAGACACUUUCUGUCUUUGCCUCCCCUUUUGGCCCUCUUCGACUUUGUCAUCGCUUUGGAAAUAUGUUUCGCUGCUUCUCUGAGCGAGCAGUGAUCCUUUCCCUACCUGUUCUAGCGCAGGCUAGCAUCACCUGCUCAUCUCUUGUCCCACACACAGGUAUUUCACGUUCGCUCCAGGUCACUCUAUAAAAGAAUCAAGGGACUGCUAGCAUGC